AUGUACAGAAACACUGACGUUGUGGCCAACAUGCAUGAAAAGCGAAAAGCGCCGGCACCACAGCAUUCAGAUAGACAGCCCAAAAAGCCUUGUCAACAGCGGAAUUCUGCUGUUUUGGAUCCUGUAAACAUUGAUCAGGAGUGGGGUCAAGCAUUAAUACAAACUGUCAAAGGUUCUUCCAUACACUACUGGAUACAGAAUAAUCAGUGGCCAAAGAAGCACUUCAACAGUGUCCUUGGAAAGCUCGGAGCCUACAGAAGAAGAAGAAUGGAGAAGAAAAUGAAAAGAGCAAUUGGAAUCGUAUUGAAGCCUAUCUCGGAGACAAACUUUGUGUUCUACCUUAAGUGCAAGGGCAGUUAUCUAAAUGACAACAGAAACGGGAAUACCAAAGAUGACAUGAAGAUGUGUCAAGUUUUAUCGAGAACGUGAGACUUCCAAAGACACACUAUUAGACAGUGAUGCUUGGUCCCAUAUCUACAAGAGAA